AUGCACUCACCCCUACCAGACUCCAGCGCGCUGGAGGCCGGCAUCCUCGAGGACACGCAGCCCUCGCGCCUCUCUCGCGUCCAGGACAACGUCCGCAACCUCCUCCGCAACUCCCGUUUCAGCUCGCCAGGGCAGACAUCGCCAUUCUCCGUCCUGCCAGAACCGAACACCCCCAGGACACACCCACCCUAUCCACCGGGCGGAAUGUACGGCGUCCUCACCCCACCAGCAUCACCCACCCGAGCUCCCCGUAUGCCACGCCAGCCAGAAGUCAUUCCGAGCCCAACGGCUGAGAGCGUGAACAGCAUCAGCACGACGUCGACGUCACCUUCUGAGGCGAUACGUGGAGUACAUUUCCCGCCUUCUGGCUACCGCCACACGAUUCAGCGCAUGGCUCACCAGUCCGCUCUUUUCAACACUCGCGCGGUGGCGGCGCUCGAUCAUCCGGACUUGAGUGAUCCGAGUCUGGCGGUGUAUGCGCAGCGGAAGAGCGAGACUCGGCAACGGCGAGCGUGGAAGAAGUCGAAGAAGAGUAGAGGGGUGGUGGAGGUGGGCUCGAGUCAGUGUUUGCUUUGCGUGCUGGCGGCGUUGUUGUUAAGUGCUGUGGUCGCGACGUAUGUCGUACUCGCGACGACUUCGAGCGAUGUCACCGCGACAUUCCACAUCUUGUUCGUCCUGGGCAUAAUUCUGGCGACGGUCGUAUUUGCCCACACAGUCGUUCGCAUUUUCAUCCUGCCCAGGGGCGGGCAAGGAAGAGUGUAUGUCGUACCAGUCUCAGAGCGGAGCCAUCGACGGCGGCGGCGAGAGCAUCGUCCACCAAGCCUCAUGCCACCACUUCCAGUCGAGCCUGCGGUAUUUGUCCCAGCGACACCGAUUCCAGUACACAUGCCAACCGACGAAGUGCGUCCCGACAGCCGCGAAGCUGAGCCGACAAUCAUUGCAGACAUUGAAGUCAUCAACGGCUGGGAUAAAGACAUCGAGUCCCUCCCCAACCCUCCUCCAGCAUACGGAAGAUGGCGUGGGAGUGUGCGAGCGAAUCCUGACCUUCUGCACUGGCAGAUACUUCCAUCACCGGUCGACUCGGAUGCUCCAGAGCUUCCAUCGCCAACAUACGAGGAAGCCGUAUCGGCGCAGCGGACGGGUCCUCCAAGCUAUGUCACGCGAGAGAGUCCAGCGAGGCAGACAGAGCGUCGAGAAGUGGGCGGAGAGGCAGCUGAAGCGCGGGCGCAAUCAGCAGAGCCAGAGAUGGUCGAGGGCGCAGGCAUCGGGUUUGGCCUGUAG